CUUCUCCUGGUCCUUUUUGAAGCGGGCAACCAACGACCUUCUCCUCCUACUACUUCUUCUUGUUCUCAUUAUGGUUGGACAAAAUCGUGGCUGAACUCUCCAUCACUAAGCGGGUUUGACGGAUUUUUUCUUUGUAACAACGAAAUGGGAAAGCAUUUCUGGAACAAACACGAUGAUGAUGAAUUUGAGGAUUAUCAUCCAAGCUGCAUGUGGGGAAUAAUUCAUGCUCUUGACUACCACCACUGGCACUCCAAUGUUAAAAGGUUGCUUCCCCAUAAAAAGAGAGUAGGGAGAAGACCUGUUAGUGGCAAUAAAAAUUCCAAAAUAAGAUUGAACGAUGAUUCUUGUGAAGUACAAAAACUUUUGGAUGAUGAAGCAAGUCAGUUCUUUGUCUAUCAGAGUCCUACAAAAUUGAGCUUAACCAAAAGGUUUCUCAAAGCUCGAAUUAAAGCAUUAAUUGCAGAAGAGAUCUCUAAGGAAGAGGGUCAUAAAAGACAGGGUCCUUCACAACCACAGUUGCAACGAACUUGCUCAAUCCAUCACCUAGAACCUUCAGACCUUGGUCUUGAUGAAAUAUGCAGUAACUUGAAACAUCCAGUUAUUUUCCUUGAGAAUAGUGCUGACAAUGGAGCUCCCAAGCCAUUUGCCUGCAGCAAACAAUUUGAUGUGUGCAGUACUAAGGAUACCGUGAACAUGGAGCCUUAUUGGCUUGCUGACAACCACAAAUUUUCUCCAGAGAAGGACAAGAAAGCAAAGGAAAUCCCAGAAAACCAGAAGCUCAAGAAAACUAUGAAGCUCGGUUCGCAUCACCAGCGUAAAAUGUAUGCGGAUGUUCUGGAAAUUUAUAUGGUGAACAAGGAUUUAUUCUUAAAAAGUUUACAAGACAGAGAUGAUGGAGAUUGUUCCCAGAGUUUGCAGUCUUCCUAUAGGAGAGCAAGAUUAAACAGAUCAGGGUCAUUUCCGAUGGCUGAUUUGGCAAACCGCAGAAACCUUAGGCCUAGUAAACUUAAACACAAGCAGAAUGAAAUUUGGUCUUUAUCAAAAGGAGAGAAGUCCCUUGCUGGUACUCAAGUGCCAAAGUUUGCUUCAUCCAAGUUUUCAGAAAUAUUUAGGACAAAUUCAGGGCUUCUGACGGCUGAUGGUAGUGGAGGCAACCUGCUAAAUCAGGAAAAAUGCUCUGUAUCUUUGGAUUCAACGCAGGAAUUGGAUAAACAAGGAAAUAAUGAAUUGAUCAUUCAUUUACGAGAUACCAAGCAGAGAGCACUUCCAGUCGAUGGGGGAAAAACCGAGAGCGGCUGUGCCUCCCUGAAUCCACCUCUCGGAAGAAUUCCUAAUGGAUACAGCCCUUCUAAUGGUGACAAAGAAAUGGCUGAAAGAUGUGAGUAUAGUUCAAGUUCUCUUGAAACUGAUGGUUCCAUCUAUGAUCUUAGGAAGAGCAUGCUCACUCACAGAAGAACAUCAUCUCUAAAUGAAUCACUGGAUAAAUAUUCACGGUUGUUUGAGUACACUUUCAGCAGGGAGCCCAAUCGGCAUCACUCUAGAAGCUUAAGUUUGAUGAAUGAGUAUGAGAUUCCAUCAGGUGGACAUGCUCCAAUGUCCUUCACAAGGAUUCGCUCUCUGUCUCAAGUGGAGUCUUAUUACUGUUUUCAUCAGAAUGAGGUAUCUCAUGAUGGUCAUGUCUCAGAAAUGCCAAUUAGCACAGUUUUGGAUAUCAGUGAAAUAGCUGAAAGUGAGAGUCAGGAUGAACCAAGGCUAGCAAGUCUUCCUACAAGUACCAAGAUGUAUGAAACACCAAAUCCUAAUGAACAGACAGAAUCCUUAAAUUAUAAAUUAGAGAGGAAUGAUAGUUCAAGAAUGGAAUACUUAGCCAGCUCAAAAGUGGGAAUAGCGGAAGAGGGUACUCCUACUAUAGAUGGCUUUACUGAGGAAGUGGAUGAGCUAGCUGUUGAAGAAAGAGAUUCUCACAAAGAAGGGGACAUGACUUUCACAGAGAUGGGUAAUGAUGAGCUUCGCCCUACAGAUAUUUCAGUCUCAGAAGGUUUAGACUUUGGCUGCAAUUUUUUGGAAGAGAAGGAAUUGCCUCUUAACUCAAAAAAGAAGUCCGGCACAGAUUUUCUGUCACGGUCUGAUACCAUUGUAAACCUUGAUGAGAGUUUCGAACAUGCAAAGAAGAUUUCUAUGAAUUACAGGCAUAUUGAGCUACAUUCGAAAGAAGAUGCUCACCUGAUGUACGUGAGACAUGUUCUUGAGCGAUCAGGCAUCAUUGGAAAUGGUUUGCUUGGAACAUGGAACUCCUCUGACCAGGCAUUAGACCCUUCAGUGUUUGAGGAAGUAGAAGCUUGUUGGUCCAUUGAACCAGAAUGCUCUGGAGAGGACAUGUGUUCCAGUUGUUAUCGCAAUAACAUAUUCGAUUUAGUGAAUGAGGUGUUACUACAGGUAUUUGACAGAUCAUUUACAUACUACCCAAAGUCCUUGUCCUCCACUUGCCGUGUUCAUUCAAUGCCCAUGGGCCACCAUAUCCUUGAGGAGGUCUGGGCAAGCAUUGGCAAGUCUCUAACCUUGAAACCAGAGUUAGACCAGACUAUGGAUUGUAUUGUGGCUCGAAAUUUGGCAAAAGAUGAUGGCUGGAUGAACCUUCAGUUGGAAUCUGAAUGGGUGGCACUUGAGCUGGAGGAUAUAAUUUUUGACGAACUGCUGGAAGAAAUUAUAUCUUCAUGAUAUAUAUCAUUGAGGCAAGAUCAAGUUGCAUCUUCAUCAUCCUCUUCUUCUAAUAUCCAGGCCGGUGUUGUACAUACAAAUUUUGGAUCAGCUUCAUUCUUUGUAAUUAAUGUAUUUUCCUUAGGUGGCUUUUUGACAAUCAUUUGAGAGCAAUAAGUGAAUGAAGAAAAAAAUAUAUAGGAAAUGUGCUUCUUUUAUAGUUGUGUAAGUGUGAGAUAGCUGCCUGCCAGAGUCAGGGAAUGGGAGUUCUUUCCAACAGAAACUAUAUAAUGUAUCAAAUUAAAGUGGUUAG